AUGAUGCCCAAUGCUUUAAGCAAAUGGGAAGAAACCAGUUUAUCCUUUCGGCCAUCUGAAAUCGCCAGGAAAACUCGGGAAAUGAAACCACACACGCCGACAAACCAAUCCUUCCAUCCGAUAUCUUGGACAUCAUGUAAUAAUAACAACAAGCAAGCUUUCCAGCAGAAACACAUUGAAUAUGUCUGCAAGAAGGUCUCUGAUCUGAUGAAGAACUACAAGCCGACAUUCAAAGAUAGCAAACCAAAAGACUGCAUUAAGAAUAUAACACCACCUCCAACUGACAGGAUGACAGACAAACCUUCUCCUGCAGCUGCAACACAAACAAGAAAAGAGAGUACUCAAGAAUCACACACCAAUUCCAGCGAUGCUCCAUCCCGACAAAGCAGCUCGGCGAGCUUAGUGCAUGGGGAAGAGUUCAGGAUUGAAUGGGAUGAUGCUCAGAGCACACAAAGAGCCGAAGCACUGGAAUCAUUGUUAGAGAUCUGUGCAAGCCUGCUCAGACGUGAACGGUUCGAGGAACUAGAAGGUGUGCUGAAACCCUUUGGCGAAGAAGCUGUGUCGUCCAGAGAAACAGCAAUUUGGUUAACAAAAAGUCUCAUGAAAGUACAUAAGAAAAGAAAUGGGAAAACUUGA